AUGGAAGGGCGCAGUUCCUGGGAGGAUGUUGCGCCAGAGAGUAUGUCAGCUACUUAAAUGUUAGAGGGUCUGUCGUAGGUAAGUUUGAGACAUUUUGCCGCUGGCAAUGCAGUUGGGCUUGUCGCACACCUGAGGGAAGCAUUGGCGACGCAGGAUGGUGGCACAGUGCAAUGGGUGAUUCUGUGCUUUUGGCUACUGGAAUUGCUCCUGGCGAAAAACGCUGAUUAUCCAGAUUUGAAAGGCAAUAUUCAAUCGUUCCUUCUCGGGCAUAUAAAUAUGCUGCAUAUCAGAACAGCAUUCCAGCUAGUUUCCAGUCACAAUCGUGACGGAGCAGCUAGCAUUGCUGGGGCGGUGAAAGCAUUUGAAAACGUCAUUUUGCAUCUCGUUGAUAAACAUAGUAUUGAUAGUGGUGUUGCUAAUUUUAUUUUUUUAGAAAGGACAAAUCCUGCGUAGGUUGGAGAACUAUUUAUGACUCGUUUAACUUACAAGUUGAGGAUUUGUUGUUUGAAACUUCAAUUUCUCUGCUUGACAGUUCAAUGAUGCCAUGCAUGGCUGCGGAAGGUGAUUUUAGAUUGGAGGUAUCAAGGGUAUUCACCAGUUUGUUGCGAAGCGACAUUCAAUUGUACACUUCACAUUCUGCAAGCCAACCAGAUGUCUUGAAACAAAUGAAUUACACACCGGUCCGUAGCGAUUCUGCGUUCGCCCAUUUUGUUAUUCUGCUCUGUACCAAAAUCCAUGAUGUUGCUGCUGCGUGUAACUACCUCGAUACCUGGUUAAUGCGCCUUUAUGACCUUCAAUCUGCUUUGCGUGCAUUUACUUCCAAAUCAUUACUUGUCUUCGGUGCUUCUCUUUUCCUAAAGCUGGGUUUGUAUGAAGACGCAGUUGAUCUGGCACUUGAAUUCGACAUCACUUUGGCUAAGGACCUAGCCAAUUUAUUCGAGGUCCCACAGGCUCUAAGGAAGUAAGUGGUCGUAGCUUGCUUGUAAUAUAUCUCAUUUCAUAAAGAUAAUAGGCGCCUUUGGUUGCGGGUCGUAAGACACAUCAUCAAUGACCGAUCGCUAGUCACAGCGUACGUCGCAGUUGCUGCAUUCCACCAUCACAUACUCAGGUUAGCAAUUUCAGAGUCUGGUCGUGCGUUCAAGGAGUCUCGGUUUCUUUCAAUAGAAGACAUGUUGUUCGUUUUCCCCGACUUUAUUGUCAUCGAUACCUUUAAAACUGAAAUAGAAGGGUCUCUUAAGGAAUCCGAUCAGCAUAUAAUGUCUACCCGGACUUGUAUGGCGGCAUCGGCGAACACCGCAAAAAGCCUAUGUCGUGAAACGCAAACUCUGGUCUCACUUCAGAUACGCCUCUGUGCUGGCACACGCUGUGUGCUCUCUGGGUGCCCUGUUCUGAUGAGACCUUUUAAUUAUUAUGCUAGUGGUUUUGUAAAUCAAUCUUCUAGUGCCCAGUUAGAAGCACACGGUUGUGCAAAAGGGUCAAAGUGCCACCAGUGUAGCUUGCCUCUGAACUUUGACUGCCCUCUGACUGGCUGUCAGAUGAUAAACUCCAUUGACUCUGCUUUUACAUGACAGUACCUAGUGCUUAGCCAAGGAGCGUCCCAGGAAAGCCGAGCCGACACCAAGGUAAGUUUAGCCCGAGGGCGAAGUCUUGGCUUCUUGGGGUCUUUUACUAUACUAUACGUGCUGGAAGGUGCUGCAGCGGGCCAUCGAUCGCACCCGCUACAUCCAUGAAUGGGGCCGCCGUCGCGGCGCACGCGGCGCCUACUAGUAAAGGCGGAAAUGCGAACACCGCGGACAAACCCGAUUAAUAGAAGGACCACUCAACCCACAAUUAAAUAAUAAGAAAUUAUGGCAGACUCGGAAAGUAAUUUGAAACUAUCCGAGUCAUGAUUACAAAUACUACAACUUCAAGUUGAAGUAAAAUCAUGACUUGGACUCGGAGAGUUAACUUGAAAUGAGAAAUAAGCAGAAGAACCACGGGUGUUACUGUCCUCAGGCCUGAGUCCGAGUGAGCCUGCCAGUGACUUGAUCUCCGAGUCUAACUUGGGGGUUCAAGUUCUAGUACUAGCCGCCUCAGCAAAAGCCGCUGAGUAGUAGCCUAGUACUUACUGAGUACUAGUAGCAGGUCACCGGGUCACUUAGACGGGUCACUGUGCAAAAAGGGGCCCGGGGUAAAAUGAGCGUCCUUAUUUUAGCCUACAAGAGGCAAGACAAGCAGGGGUUGGGUAGCCUGAGUGCUACUGGCGCUGGCAGUGGCAAAGCCGGGUGCCUCCGAAACGGCCUUCUUAUGACUGGCACAAUUCUGAAACAGAUAAGGGUGUGCCGAGCGAAGCGAAGGUCGAUUCCAUCCAUUAUUUCCGAUCUACGUAGAGAUCGCGGCCCGAAGAGAUAGUGGCGCCGCUGUCGGUGGGGGUCGAAGAUCAAGCAGUACGUGCAUUCUCACUGGUCUCCGAUACGUGCAUUCUCUACUGGGCAUUUCAGCUUGAACAGAGGUGUCGGUCCUAAAGUAUCUAAAGCGUCGCAAAAAGGGAGGCAACUCUCU